AUGAGUGCCCAAAAAGCUCCAAAGUGGUAUCCUUCUGAAGACGUUUCUGCUCCAAAGCAGACUAGAAAGACCAACAGACCACAAAAGCUACGUGCUUCUUUGGUCCCAGGUACUGUCUUGAUCUUGUUGGCCGGCCGUUUCAGAGGUAAGAGAGUGGUCUACUUGAAGCAGUUGGAGGACAACACCUUGUUGGUCUCUGGCCCAUUCAAGGCUAACGGUGUUCCAUUGAGAAGAGUCAACGCCAGAUACGUCAUUGCCACCUCCACUCGUGUCUCCUUGGAGGGCGUUGAUGUUGAGAAGUUCAACGUCGAAUACUUCGCCAGAGAGAAGUUGACCAGAAAGCAGAAGGCUGAGGCCAACUUCUUCAACGAGCAACAGCCAAAGAAGGAGAUUAAGGCUGAGCGUAUUGAGGACCAGAAGACCGUUGACAAGGCUUUGUUGGCUCAGAUCAACAAGACCCCACUGUUGAAGCAAUACUUGGCUGCUUCUUUCUCUUUGAAGAACGGUGAGAAGCCACACUUGUUGAAAUUCUAA